AUGAGUACUUCGGCGGUUGAAGUUAGUGAUGAAAAAGUGAAAGAAAUGUGGGAUAAGAGAUUGACAGAGAUAUUUUGUGAUAUUUGUAUUAAAGAGAUAUUGAAAGGCAAUAGGCCUGAUACUCAUUUCACAAAAGAUGGAUGGUUGAAAAUAAUCACCAACUUUGAGAAAGAAACGGGCAAGGGUUUUUCACAAAGACAACUUAAAAAUAGGUGGGAUGCCCUAAAAAAAGAAUGGAAAGCUUGGAAGAAACUUAAAGGCGAAGAUACUGGUUUAGGGUGGAAUCCUAUAAAAAGAACCGUUGAUGCAUCGGAUGAAUGGUGGGAGAGUAGGCUCCAGGUUGUGCCUGAAGCUAAAAAAUUUAAAACAUCGGGCAUUGAUCUUGAAUUCGAAGGGAAGUUGGACCAAAUGUUCAUGGGGAUAGUUGCAACAGGUGAUAAAGCAUGGGCACCUUCUUCUGGUACACUCCGUAGUGAUUUUUUUGAGGAUGUUAACAACGAAAUACCUGAAGAGAGUGAAGAAGAAAAUAUGAAAAAUGAUGUUCACAUUUCAAAUGAUGUUCAAAUUGAUGGAAACGGUCAAAAAAGAAAAAAAACCUUGAGAUGUUAAGUUCACAUUUUAAAACUGGAAGAAAGAAAUCCUUAAAGCAAAUUGGAGGGACUGCAAGAUUGUCCAGUCAAAUAGAAAAAUUAUGCAAUGCAGCUGACAAUAUGA